CGCUCUCCUACCCCGCGCGGUGCAUCACUUUGCGGACUCCGUGGAGGCUCGGUUCUGCGGCGGGCUCCGGCGGUGGGCGGGCUUCCGCGCAGGGCGGCCGGGCUCGGCGCUGCCGCCGCCGUGGCCCAUGGGCACAAUCGUCUCGGAAGGCCGGUAUUAAACCAAAAAGAUGUCCCUAUAUGAUGACCUGGGAGUGGAGACCAGUGACUCAAAAACUGAAGGCUGGUCCAAAAACUUCAAGCUUCUGCAGUCCCAGCUCCAGGUGAAGAAGGCAGCUCUCACUCAAGCCAAGAGCCAAAGGACAAAGCAAAGUACAGUCCUCGCUCCGGUCAUCGACCUGAAGCGAGGAGGCUCCUCAGAUGACCGACAGAUUGUAGACACGCCACCUCAUGUGGCAGCUGGGCUGAAGGACCCUGUGCCCAGUGGGUUCUCUGCAGGGGAAGUCCUGAUCCCCUUGGCUGAUGAAUAUGACCCAAUGUUUCCUAACGACUAUGAGAAAGUGGUGAAGCGCCAGAGAGAAGAGCGGCAGAGGCAGCGGGAGCUGGAAAGACAGAAGGAAAUAGAAGAAAGAGAAAAGAGGCGUAAAGACAGACAUGAAGCCAGUGGGUUUUCAAGACGCCCAGACCCGGACUCGGAUGAGGAUGAAGAUUAUGAGCGAGAGCGGAGGAAAAGAAGUAUGGGGGGAGCUGCCAUCGCCCCACCGACCUCUCUGGUAGAGAAAGACAAAGAGUUACCCCGAGAUUUCCCCUAUGAAGAGGACUCAAGACCUCGAUCACAGUCUUCCAAAGCUGCUAUUCCUCCCCCAGUGUAUGAGGAGCCGGACAGACCAAGGUCUCCAACCGGCCCCAGCAACUCCUUCCUUGCUAACAUGGGUGGCACCGUGGCUCACAAGAUCAUGCAGAAGUAUGGCUUCCGGGAAGGUCAGGGGCUGGGGAAACAUGAGCAAGGGCUAAGCACCGCAUUGUCCGUGGAGAAGACCAGCAAGCGUGGCGGCAAGAUCAUUGUUGGUGACGCCACAGAGAAGGGCGAGUCUCAGGAUGCAUCCAAGAAGUCGGAUUCAAAUCCAUUAACUGAAAUUCUUAAGUGCCCUACUAAAGUGGUCUUGCUGAGGAACAUGGUCGGUGCAGGAGAGGUCGAUGAGGACUUGGAAGUUGAAACCAAGGAAGAAUGUGAAAAAUAUGGCAAAGUUGGGAAAUGUGUGAUAUUUGAGAUUCCUGGUGCCCCUGAUGAUGAAGCAGUAAGGAUAUUUCUAGAAUUUGAGAGAGUCGAAUCGGCAAUUAAAGCUGUUGUCGAUCUGAAUGGGAGGUAUUUUGGUGGACGGGUGGUUAAAGCCUGUUUCUACAAUUUGGAUAAAUUCAGGGUCUUGGAUCUAGCAGAGCAAGUGUGAUUGUAACUUAAAGUCACCUCCUUGAUCCUUACAUGAGCUGCAGACUGAGCAAUGGCACAGGCGUCAGCCUCCAUGGCUGCUGGACACUGAAACUCUCGGAUGGACUGCUAAGAUAUAUGUUGAUGGAUCCCUUUUUUAUUUUGUGUUUUUUUAAUAUAGUAUAAAAAUCCUUUAAAAAUCUG